UACAAGAUAAUCUGGAGCACUGGUGCCUCAUUUUGAUGUGGCUGCAGCUUCUGGAUGAUCUGUCAAGAGUGUACUCUGCCUUUUGCCCUUUUGUCAGCUGUGAAUGGCACAGUGGCACCCUCAUGUGGAGUGGUAGAAGAUGGAUGGAGCUGUUGGACAGAUCCUUAUUCUGCCAGUCUGGCCCUGUCGCCUAGAGUCGGCUGUCCAGUGAUUUUUAACAGACUCUGCCCGAAGCUUCUCGCCACCAUGCCUGUGUUUAAUGAAAACACCGCCUUCAUCAACCUGUGCUGCCAAGAGGGCAGUGAGGGCAGCGCUUCCAACCCUGCCAAAUACAACAACCAGGACUACACGCAGCUGAAGAGUUACUACAUGGAAAAGGGGAGGCUGUUUGUGGACAGCUCCUUCCCACCAAACAGCUGCACUCUGGGAGAUAUACCUUACCUUGACAACUGGGAGGAGGACAGUGUGGUGUGGCUUCGUCCAGCUGAAAUAAUGAAAAGACAGAACAACAGUGAUGAGCCCACUUUCUGUACAGACGGGACCUCACGCUUUGACUUCGGUCAAGGAGGCAUAAGUAAUUGCUGGUUUCUGGCUGCGCUCUCCUCUCUGACCUUUAGUAGAGACCUGAUGGUGCAAGUUGUGCCUAUGAACCAGUCCUUUGUGGACUAUGCAGGGAUCUUUCACUUCAGGUUCUGGAGGUUUGGCAAGUGGGUGGAUGUCGUCAUCGAUGACUUCCUGCCAACGAUGGAGAACCAGUUGCUCUCUGUGUUCAGCAAAGGACGAAAUGAGUUCUGGGUUCCUCUGCUGGAAAAAGCAUAUGCAAAGUUGUGUGGUUCAUUUGCUGAUAUGAACUUUGGGAUACCGGCAGACGCCUGCAAGGACUUCACUGGAGGAGUGAGCAUGAGUUAUCAACUCAAACAGGUCCACUCUGAAGGCCAUGAUGAGGAGCUUUGGCUCACACUGACCAGAGCCACCAAAUGCUUGUCGAUGAUUUGCUGUGGGACCGCUCCAAAGAGGGGUAGUAACGAGAACACUGUAAGCUCCAAUGGACUGGUGGCUGCACACUCUUACUCUGUCACAGCUGUCACUGAGGUUGAGUGUCUUGGCUCCAAAGUGAGACUGGUUCGACUCUUGAACCCCUGGGGUGAACAGGAGUGGAACGGAGAGUGGAACGACACGUCAGACAUGUGGAACAGCGUGAGUCCCGACGAUCAACAAAAGCGUCUGAAGCACGAUAAUGGAGAAUUCUGGAUGAAGUUGGAGGACUUCUGUGACAAUUUCGCCAUGGUGUGGAUGUCUUGUGAGAACCCCAACUUCACCGAUGGUGAUCUUACCUGCCAGUGGAAAUGUAUGAUCUAUCAAGGCAGCUGGGUGUCAGGGGAGUCUGCAGGCGGUGACAAGAGUGGAGUGAUGUUCGAGACAAAUCCUCAGUAUCGCAUCCAGGUGGCGACCAAUGACGAGAAGCAGCCAGGAGACAAAAACUUGAUGGUUUCACUGAUGCAGAAACCUCAAGUGAACCGCAGCAGAAGUCGGUUCUACCCGAUUGCAUUCACCAUCGUGAAGAUCCCACCUGGGACACCAGAGGGAAGACUGGAACUCCCCUUCUUUUACAUGAACAGCUGUGUGAGGGAAUCAGAUUAUUUCAUCUAUGAGAGAGAACUGGUUGAGCUGCUCAGUGUGGAGUCUGGAGAGUAUGCGAUCAUCCCCCACACCAGGAAUGCCUACAUGGAUGCAGAAUUUGUUCUCACCGUCUAUACCAAAUAUUAGGUUAAGAUCAGGUACUGAUCAGACAUACUGUCCCAUUGGUCACACAGGGAGACUUAUUCCAAAUCAAGGAUGUCUGUUUUUUUACUAUACUGUAUUGCUGUGAUUAAAGCCUUUGUCUUUGGGAA